AUGAUUCAUUUCCGGUCAAUCCGCUUGAAUCCUUCUUUCCCUCCGACAACCUCCACGGUGGCUUCACUCCUGUUCCGGGCGUCGCCCAUCGACCCAGCCCUUCGUCCGCCGUCGCCGUCGAACUCCCAGUCUCAAGACUCGAACUACAAACAUACUUCCUCUUCGACUGACAGUCAAUCGGGAUCGCGUCAAUCGACUACGGAUACUGGCGCGGGAGCAUCAUCAGCGUCAUCGCAGUAUUCUGGAACACUUCCCGAGGCGAGUUCUCUAGAUAAAUACACCCACAGCCCGAGCAGUAGCAGCAACGGUAGUGCCUUUCCCAGCUCUCUGGGCCCAUCUCUGCCUGGACUCUCUGCUUUGGCCUCGGUCGCAUCCGCGCCCACUUCCAAUCUGCGAGCCUCGAGUAGCAAUGCGCAGCCCAGUAUGGCCAAUAUGACAUACGCGACAUCUUCUCCGGCUGCCACUACUGGUGGGCAGGGCAAUAAUCCUCCUGUGUGCCAGAAUUGCGGCACUUCUACGACACCUCUCUGGCGCAGAGACGAACUCGGCUCCGUUCUUUGCAACGCCUGUGGCUUGUUCCUCAAACUACAUGGCAGGCCCCGUCCGAUAAGCUUAAAGACCGAUGUCAUCAAGAGUCGCAACCGGGUCAAGACUGCUGGUCAGGGCCCCAAGCGUAAGUCCGGCGGUGCUAUCGAUACAAAUGGCUUGUCUACCUCGAGGUCCGAAGCAGGGACGCCGCCCAUGGGGUCCCAAGGAUACCGUCGCGCGUCGCGGAAGGCAUCACCGGGCCAUUCCGACCGAUCCAACUCACCCGUCUCCCGAACCGAAACGCCUGGUAUCCCUUCCAUGCAACAACCACACCCGCAGUCGCAACACAAUGCCAACAUUGCGCCCCAGCACAUGUUCGAUAGUGUCACAAUCGGCGACCACGGUCUCAGCCAGCCGAAUGCGCUACCCUCGGUGCAGCCGCGCCAGCCCUCGCCCACGGCGACCUCGGCGGCUGUGGACCGCCAUCUCGAGUCACCACAGACCUACGAUGGACUGCUCGCAGCCAAUACUUCUUUGAAGACUCGCGUGAGCGAAUUGGAGUUUAUCAAUGAACUCUUCCGGGGCCGGGUGACGGAACUGGAGCAGAGCGGCGCGACUGCGCGCCGAUCGGAGAUGAUCGUCCGGGACUCCGAGGUACGACUCCGGCGGUCUCUGGAGGAGGCCCAACGGCGCGAAGACGAUCUGAAACGGCGGAUAUCUGAGCUGGAGCGACAGCUUAGCGAACAGACCUCCUCUGCCAACCCGGCGGGCAAUGACAGUCCCGGCGAGCCGCUGGCCAAGCGGAUGCGGCUGUCCGACGUCGUGGAGCAACCUGCGGAAUCGCCGACAAAAUCCCCCAAGAGUGUCUAA